AUUGCGGAACCUGUCAACGAGCCAUGGCGUUUUAUUAUUGAGGUGGCAGAGCAUGGAUUUUAAUUCAUCGACUUUAAUGUGCCCGCGUGCUGACGUUUAAUUAAUAUAAAGGAUUUUUCACGACAACCGCUUCGCAGUAAACACCUUGAAGCUGUACUGGGUGUUUUCUAAGUGCAGACAGUGUGUCUCUAUAUGGUAUCGGAAGUGAUAUCGCAUGUGCCUCGUCGGCGGCGGUGAAGAUGCCGGAGUCCUUCGCUGACUUCGUGGUUAAAACAUGACCAACCUGACAUUCCAACACGAUGGACGUUCAGGUGAUUCAAGGAUUCCUUGCAAACGGGGACCAGGCUGCACAUGCCAGGGCACUGCAGUACUUCGAGCAGCUGAAGAGUGCUCCAAAUGGCUGGCAGCUUUCCAUGCAGAUGCUUCUGCAGCCUUCUGUUCAGGAUGACUCUGUGAAGUUUUUCUGCCUGAGUGUUCUGGAACAUUACAUGAAGACAGGGUAUGAGGCAGCGAAGGAGGGUGACCAACAAGCCAUGCGGACCUUUAUUAGCCAGUGGAUACAGAUGCAGGUGUAUGCUCCGAUUCCCGAGAAAGUGUUCAUCCGCAACAAAGUGGCACAGCUGGUGUGCUGGGUGUUCCUGUGGGACUACCCUGUGCGCUGGCCCAGCUUUUUCACCGACAUCCUUCAAACGCUGUCACUGGGGCCACCUGCCGUGGAUGCUUUCCUGCGCGUCCUUCUCGCCAUCAAUGGUGAAAUCGCUGACUGCGAGAUACCGCGUACUGCCAAGGAACAGGAUCGAAACAGACUGCUGAAGGACAACAUCCGAGAAACACACAUUGUGGACUUGGUGAACUCCUGGUACACCAUUCUAACGACCCAGUGCCAAAGCCCUGCUGGUGUGGAGUUGUGUCGACUGUGUCUGGAAGUGGUGGGUGCUUACGUGGCCUGGAUCGACAUUGGCCUAGUGGCCAAUGACCGCUUUGUCGAUGCUCUGGUUCAUUUCCUGUCCCUGCCGGCCCUACGAGAAUCUGCGUGUGACUGUGUGUGCGAGAUCCUGGCCAAGGGCAUGGACCCAGCCGACAAGGCGCGCCUCGUUGAAUCCCUCUCUGUGGUCCUUCAGAGGGCUGGUGUGCUCGCGGUAGCCGAGGGAGAAGAUGUGGACUUCCUUAUCAAGUUGGCAAAGCUUGUAAAUGCAAUGGGAAUCCAGCUGUUCGACUCCUAUUCAAAGUUGCACAAGAAAGGCGAUGGCCCCAACCGGCAGCUGGUACAGUCGGAGGUGGCCUCCAAGGUUCCUCUAAUGCUGCAGUUCUUGGGACACGAGGAUGACGACGUGUCCCAAGGGGUGGCAGAGUUCGCGCGGGAAUACAUUCAGUACCUCAAGCACGAGCCAGGAAACUACAAGCAGCCAGACAAGGCCAACAUGGAGGCGGUGUUGUACAUAGUAAUUAACAAAUACAAAUAUGACAGCUCUUAUUUAUUUGAACGACAGGGCGAAGACGAAGCCUUAUUUUUAGAAUACAGGAAAACACUGAAGGUGCUCUUUGACAACGUUGCUCAGCUGGAUAAAGACAUGACCCUGUCCCUGACACAGAGCAUGAUAAGCACAACGCUGCAGAAUUGGCGGAGCCUCCCAUUUCAAGACGUGGAAGUUGCCAUCUCAUUCCUUUACCUCCUUGGCGAGGCCAUUCCUGUAAGUCCUAAUGCUCAGAUGACUGGGACCCCCGAUGGCGUUCCACCAGUUGUAGCCAUCAUGCGGCAGCUCAUAUCUAGUGGUGUAAGCACUUGUGGCCAUCCUGCAGUGACAUUGCAAUUCUUCGAGACCAUCGUAAGGUACGAGAAGUUCUUCAGCCAGGAGCCAGAAACCAUUCCAGAUGUUCUCGUUGCCUUCAUGGAUGAAAGGGGCCUGCGCCACCCAAGUCCCAGCGUGCGCAGCCGGGUGUCUUACCUUUUCUCGAAGUUCAUCAAGUCGCACAAGGCGCACAUGUUGAACUUCACCGAGGACAUUCUGAAGCAGCUGCAGGAACUGCUGGUUCUGUGCCCCACCGAGAACGGGGUCACCAUGUCUUCGCUCUUGUCGCCUGACGAUCAGCUGUACCUGUUUGAGGCAACUGCCAUGCUCAUUGUGUCGGGCCAGUUCAACGCCGAGAAGAAGCAGCUGCUAUUGAAGAACCAGUUGACUCCUGUGAUGCGCAAGUUCGAGGCUCUGGCCCAGCGGUUGCCUCUCGAACCAUCAGAAGAGAAGCGGCGGGACAUUGCAGAGUGCAUGAAUCAUGCCAUUGCAGUAACCAGUCGAACGAGCAAGGCGUUCUCAAACCAGCAGACAAUGAAAGCCUGCAGCUGUGUUUCCAUCUACCUGGAAGCCCUUCAGGUGUUCCUGCAGGCCUUGGAUCUUCCGUACGAGCAACCAUUGCUCCAGGCAGGGGUGCGGCAGUUCCUUCACCGCAUGGUUGUGUGCCUCGAAGAGGAAGUGCUGCCUCUAGUGCCUCGUGCCUGCGAGCAGCUUCUGCGCAACCCUGACGUCCGCUCUGUGCAGGAGCUCAUACCGCUCAUCAACCAGAUCGUCUGCAAGUUCAAGAAAGAGGUGGUGCCCUUCCUGCAACGGAUGUUCAUGCCGCUGGUCGGGGUCAUCUUCGGUGCCUUGGCUGCACCCGUGGAGCCCGGGGAUGAGCAGGCACUGCGCGACCGGCAGCUUCUGCAGCGCGCGUACUUCCUCUUCGUGGCUGCCAUCAUCACCAACAACGUGGUUGAGGUGGUCGCCUCGCAAGAUGCACAAAGCCUGGAACAAGUCUUCACAACAAUCAUCCAGGGUGCUGUUGAAUUCCCUGACCCAGUGGCUCAGAAGACUUGCUUCACAAUCCUGCGGAAAAUGGUGGAGCUCUGGGGUGGACCAGAUGCCGAGCCCCACUUCGUGGACUUUGUGUACAAGUCUGUGGUACCAGCCUGCUUCCAUGCCCCUCUCAAGGACACCUUUGACCUGACCGAUGCUCAGACCAUCCUGGCCUUAUCUGAAAGUGCUCUUUGUAUGAAGAUGAUCCUUGCCAAGCGGGGUGACGAGUUCAUGGAGUAUUUGCGCAACCAGUACCUUCCAACUCUGCUCAGGCUGUCGCCACAGCAGAUCCAAGACUACUGCAUGCACCUGCAGGGUGAUCCAAAGGUGUUCAAAAACUAUGUUAAGGCAUUCUUCCAAAGGCUGAGGACAUCUUGACAGUCGGGGAAAGGUUUUCUCCAAUCUUAGCAGUGUGACGAAUCUGGUUCCUUAUUCUGCAGAUUGUGUACAAUAAUUAUUAAGGGCCUUUGUGUAUAUUGCACUCGAUAUUGGGUUUUUCUAUGCAUUGACAUCAGAUGUGAAUGCUUUCUAUGGAAUAUUUUGUACAGGUCGUGAUGAAGCCGGGCGAAAUAAAUGACAACGCAAAGGAGCUUGCAAAACAAGCUCGAUGUAGCAUGACGUAUAAA